AUGGAUGUCAGUGUAUUUGAAAACUUGUCCAAUGAGUUGUUUAUGGAAAUAUUUGAAUAUUUCGACGGUUACAAUCUUUAUCAUGCCUUUAUUAAUUUAAACAUGAGAAUAAAUCGGAUACUCCAAAACAGUCAAAUACGCGUUAAUUUUAUGGGUAUUGAUAAGAAACAUAUUUUCGAUUAUUAUUGUACCACAGUUCUACCAUUCUUUGAAACGAUUAUGUCUCUGAAAUUACAAAGUAUGCAUAUGAAAAUAUUUACUCGUUUGUUUGAUUUUGAACGCUUAACAUUACUUCAAUCAUUAACACUGGACACCAUUGAGUUAAAUGAGAUGAAAAAACAUGUCUUACCAAAACUGCCGACAUUAUCAAAUAUUCGAUUUUUAAAGAUUUUUGAUUUUACUAAUGAAUUUGAAGAAUUAGAGGAUAAUAUUCAUCAAGUAGUAUUUAAAUUGCCUAACUUACUCCAUUGUCAUUUACCUUAUUGUCGAUUUUUAUCAUCAUCAUUCGCAACCAACAUCAAACACUUAAAAAUUCAUUUCCAUUCAUUUAAUGACUUAAUCAAAUUAUUCAAUUAUAUACCAUCAAUCGAAUAUUUAAAUGUUUGUCUUCACAGAGAUGUGUUGAACAAUGACGUCGAUUCAUUCAUGCCUCAAUUUCAGUCAAAACUGAAAUACUUAAAAAUAUCGGUGGUAAAUAUUAAAUUUGAUUUAAUCGAAAUUUUAUUAUCGAAUUUAUUACAUCUUCAGCAUCUAUCAUUUUCAGCGUUUAAUCUAGAAUAUGUUGAUGGCAGACGUUGGGUAUAUCUCUUGUCAAAUUAUUUAACUGAUCUAAAAAGAUUUCAGUUUGAUGUGAAAUAUUGUUGUUUGCCGAAAUCAUUUCUUGGUAACAUUUCCCGCAUUAUACUGACGUUUCAAACAGAGUAUUGGUUAGAACAUCAAUGGUAUUUCGUAUUCAAUUAUUGCCCUCUACAUGAAGAUUUUCAUUUUUAUUCUUAUCCAUGCAAGGAAAAGUUAUAUGUUACAGAAAUGAAUAUAUUCCAGUCGAAAGUGCCACAGAUGUCUGAUAUCUAUGAUUACGUUGAUGAAUUAUAUGUCACAUUGAGCGACAUGGAGAAUGAUUUUGAAGGAUUAAAAAACACGAUUGGCUCUGGCUAUUGGACUUCAAAUGGUUCGGCAUUUCAAAAUGCACACACACUGGUAUUAUCAAAUCCUGAAAUUUACGAACCGAAUAAUUUCUCACCCUCGAUUAAAUUGCUAAAAGAUCUGAAUCAACUAAUCAUCUGGCCCAAACUGAAACAUUUAUCUUACUUUUAUCGAUUUGAAUAUUUAGAAGUAGUACUUCAACAUGCAUCAAACAUUGUUUCGCUUGACUUGCACGAGAAGGAAUAUUUUUUAAAAAUUACAAAAUGCUAUCCUAAAAUAGAAAAAUUUAGAUUUGAAGAAGGCUUUUUAACGUACGAAGACAUCGAACAAGUAUGUCGAGUAUUUCCAAAUAUUAAGCAUUUUACAUUGUGUAUUGAAUCACUUGAGCGUGUUUACGCAAUAUUACCAGCUCUGUUUGAAAAAUGUCGAUCUUUAAACUAUAUAUGUAUAUUCUCUGAUUUAAAAGAAUUCGAUUCGGCAUCGUUCGUAGAGUAUGCAUCUAAAAUAAUGAAGAAUUUUGUUUUUGGUAACAACAGAUUUCGUUUAUGGAUUUGGUGUGAACAAUAA